AUGGCAGCAGGUUUCCCCCAUUUGGGGCUUGUUGGUGGGGCGGAUGAUGCAGAUCAACAGGCACCGCGUGGAAAUAUUUUGAAGCUUUGGGGAAACCAGCAGACGAUGAAUUUAAAUACUAUGAUUUAUACAAAUAUUGUUCAGUCCCCAUACUUCAAAGCCAAUCUAGUUGAAUUGAAAACAUAUCACGAAGUUAUUGACGAGAUAUAUUAUAAGGUGGAGCACUUAGAGCCAUGGGAACGUGGGAGUAGGCGGAUCGGUGGUCAGACUGGCAUGUGUGGUGGCGUCCGAGGAGUGGGAGCAGGUGGUAUCGUGUCAACUGCUUAUUGCCUUCUUUAUAAACUUUUUACGUUGAAGCUGACUAGAAAACAGCUCAAGGGUCUUUUAGAUCAUCCUGACUCUCCGUAUAUACGAGCUUUGGGCUUUAUGUAUAUAAGAUACUGCAUACCUCCUGAAGACUUCUGGUGGUGGUAUUCACCCUAUUGGGGUGAUCCUGAGGAGUUGGAUGUGAAAGCAGGAGGCGGUUGUGUUAUGACGAUAGGCCACAUGAUAGAGCAAUGGCUGACUAAACUUGAUUGGUUCUCCACCCUAUUCCCACGCAUUCCUGUCCCGGUUCAAAAGAAACUGGAAGAAAAAAUACGCCUUCGGAAAUGUCAAGCACUUUUGGAUGCUAGCUCCGCUCAAGAGGAUGAAAAUAAGAGGCAUUCAGAUCGAAAUUACGAUGUUUCUCACCAUAAAUCUGGUGGGCAUUCUCAUCGGCAUGAAAAACAUAGGUCCAGUCGUGAAAAACACCGACAUCACUCACGUAGAUCGAGGUCUAGGUCACGUGAUCGUCGCCGAUCUAGAUCUUUAAAUGAACGGGAGAGUUCGUUUGAACGAGACUUAAAGCGUGCGAAAGAGCGACAAGAACGUGAUCGACGCAGAAGUCGCAGUUAGAUAAUUUCUUUCUAUAAAAUAUUUAUGUAAUAUUCCCCACUGAGUUGUUUCUAUAUACAUUAUUUGUAUUUUCAUGACUAAUUCACUUCUGUGCCAUCAUAAUUUUCCUGUGUGACUAAAAAUAAAACUGUA